CGUGGACGCGUCUUCUUCCAACGAAUUACAUUCGAUCACCUUCUUCAACCCAAAACCAAACUACUAUCUCCCUCACUUACCUGUUGCUCGGCGCUUAUCGCAUCUCAGCCCUACAAGUUCUUUUGGGUUACCUAUUAUGAAGUUAAAUAAAAAAUAAAUAGAUAUUAAUAACCCCACUGGUAUAAAUUGAUUUACUUGUAUAAAACCCAAUACUUGCUUCUGUGUUUUUCACUUGGUUUUUUGCACUUAAAUCUCUUUUGAUGGCAGAUGCUAUUCGAUUAUUAUCAUCGUCGUCGUCUUCUUUAAUUCAUUCGCUUCGCUUCUCUUCGCCUUCACUGCUCACCACUUUCCACUUCGCUUCGAAUUCUCCACUAUCGUCUCUUGGACCAACCAAUCAGAAUUCGGAUAAGAUUUUUUCUUAUUCUUCUUCUAUUGGUCUUGCUCCGCUUGCUCUGACUCCCAGAAAACUAUCGCUCUCUUUCAAGGUGUAUGCAACAGUCGAAGAAACUGAGCAGCCAAAAUGGUGGGAAAGGGAUGCGGGACCAAAUAUGAUUGAUAUUCAUUCUACAAAAGAAUUUAUCAGUGCCUUAAGUGAAGCUGGGGAUAGAUUAGUUAUUGUAGAAUUUUAUGGAACUUGGUGUGCUUCCUGCAGAGCAUUAUUUCCCAAGCUCUGCAGAACGGCGCAAGAACAUCCGGAAAUUAUAUUCCUCAAAGUAAAUUUUGAUGAGAAUAAACCUAUGUGUAAAAGUUUGAAUGUUAAGGUGCUUCCUUAUUUCCACUUCUAUCGUGGAGCAGACGGACAGCUAGAGUCCUUUUCUUGUUCACUUGCUAAGUUUCAGAAAAUAAAAGAUGCCAUUGAAAUGCACAAUACAGCUCGAUGCAGCAUCGGUCCACCCAAGGGAGUUGGAGAUCUUAAUCUCGAAUCUGUCUGUGCUCCGAAAAACGACAAGCCAACUGGUUCAAGUUAAACAUGGUGGGGAUAAACCAAUUUGUCUAUGAACACGCACCAAGUGAAAACUCCUUUGUAAGCCAUUUAUAAAUAUUUGCAAACUAACAUUUUCAUGUAAAAAGAAAAAGAAACGUUGAUGGGAACUCAUUGUUGGGAUGCAUUCUUUGUCUUGUAAUGCAUGUAAAGUUUAAAGCUUGAAUUCUAAA